UGAUUAAUAUCUUAUGAGAAGACUUUCUAUAUAAGGAGAGAUAGCUUCAUCCUUUAUAACAAAACUCAAACUGAAAAAACAGGAUGGAUGUUGCAACAGAGGCACCCAAAGCUCCAUUGACAAGUGAAAGGAAGGUUCGAACAGACCUUGAAGAACACAUACCUAAACCCUAUUUGGCAAGGGCAUUUGCUAAUCCAGAUGUGGAACAUCCACAUGGAACACCAGGACGUGACAACUAUGGAAUGAGUGCUCUUCAGCAACACGCUUCCUUUUUUGAUCAAGAUAAAGACGGAAUUGUUUAUCCUUGGGAGACCUACAGAGGUAUGAGAAAUCUCGGUUUCAAUCCAAUUUCGAGCCUUGUUAUUGCAAUUACCAUCAAUGUGGCAUUGAGUUAUUGGACUCUCCCUGGAUGGCUACCAAAUCUAUAUUUUCCCAUAUGCAUAGAUAGAAUACAUAAAUGCAAGCAUGGAAGUGACUCUUCAACAUAUGACACUGAAGGAAGGUAUAUGCCAAUGAACUUUGAGAGUAUUUUUAGCAAGUACGCUCGAACUGUGCCGGACAAGUUAACACUGGGGGAACUAUGGCACAUGACUGAGGCUAAUCGAAACUCAUAUGAUUUCAUUGGCUGGAUAAUAUCAAAGGGAGAAUGGGUACUUUUGUAUAUAAUUGCCAAGGAUGAAAAUGGUUAUCUAACAAAAGAAGCAGUAAGGGGAUGUUUUGAUGGGAGUUUGUUUGAGUAUAUUGCCAAAAUGAAGGGUGGCAAGGUUCACUGACUGAGGUUGCUGGUUUAAAAUAUAUGUGUUGUUUUUGGUUGAUGAAAUAAAGCUUGAAUUAAAAUCAAGAUUUGUUUUGUCUGUACAUUUUUGAGUUUUGAAAUUUCUAUUCAGAUGCGAGGCCAUAGAUGUAUAGAUGUAAAGUAAAAAUGAAAAAGUUAAUAAAGACAUAUAAAAUACACUUUAUGUGGUUUUGAUUAUAAAAUAA